AUGAAAAUAUUCACUGAAAGCCAAACAAAAAAGGUGAAUGUUGUGGAAGAUGUGCAACCCAUGUCAAAUGAGGAAUACGAAGAAGCAAAUUAUGUCAACAAUCCUCAAGGAAGAUAUCAAAAACAACCCUACCAAGGUUCUGGACAACAACAUCAAUGGAGGUCUAACCCGCAAGGACAAGGCAACCAACAGUGGCAAAAAGACCAAGGUAGUUCAAAUCAAGAAAAUUGGAGUAACAACAUCAUCAAUUUUUCAAAUUGGAGUUCAAACCGCUAUGUUCCACCAAAGGGGCAAUAUUCUAACUCUCCAUAUUGGAAGGAAAGUUCUUCAAGUGAGUCCACGUUGGAAAACAUGCUUGAAAGAGUAUUGCAAAAUCAAGAGAGAUCCGACACUUCAAUGAAGAAUAUGACUGUGCUUGUGGGUUCUCACACCGCAUCUAUUCAAAAGUUGGAGAUGCAGAUGAUGGAUCUAUCAAGAGAUCAAAAAUCCGAAGCAAAAAGUGGGAAACUACUUCAAGGAGAGAAUGAACAAGUGGUUGAAGUGGAAGAUUUUGAACAAGAAGUCGAGGCACAAGUUGAGGUGCCAAAUGUUAUUGAAGUUGAAAGACUCCCGAAGAAGAACAUUCCAUUUGUGAAAGCAUUUCAAGAGAUGCCGGGCUUUGCUAAGUACUUGAAGGACUUUAUCACUAAAAAUAAAACCACCAAGAAUGAAGUGGUGAAUAUGACUCCCGGCAACAACUUAAUGCCCCUUCCUAUUUACAAGCAAGCGAGAUUAGGUAUGCUUAGGCCUACAAGUAUGGGGUUGCAAAUGGCCGACCGUUCAAUAAAGCGGCCGGUGGGUAUAGUUGAUGAUGUGCUUGUGAAAGUGGGGAAGUUUCUCCUCCUUGCUGACAUUGUUAUUCUCGAUUGUGCUAUUGAUAAAGAGAUCCCUAUCAUCUUGGGGAGACCUUUCCUUGCUACCGAUAGGGUAGAGGAUGUAGUCGAGGUAAAGAUGGAAGAGGAAUGCCUUGGUGAGGCAUUGGCGGCUAUUUUGGUAAAUUUUGAUGGUGAGGGCAUGGAAAGAUACGUGGAAUUGGUGAAUGCAUUGGAAGGGAUUGGGUCCUACACUUAUGCAGUGAAGAAGCUUUCUCUUGACUUAGAGAAUAGAGUCACUCCUCCCGCUAAGCCUUCAAUUAUUGAGCCACCACAAUUUGAGCUCAAGCCACUUCCACCGCACUUAAGGUAUAAAUUUCUUGGAUCUAAUGAAACUCUACCCAUAAUUGUUUCUUCUUUGUUGAAUGAUGUGCAGGUUGAACACUUAUUGGAUACCUUGAGGGAGCACCGACAAGCCAUUGGUUGGACUAUAGUGGAUAUCCGAGGGAUUUCCGCCGGAAUUUGUGAGCACAAGAUAUAA